AUGAGCACCGCAAGACUUCGGAAAACAUUCAAGUAUCCUUCCGAAGAUGAUGAGGACAUGUCGCACGAAGAAAUGGACGAAGAAGAACAAGAACACCUCCUCCAGAAUCUCCAGGCCUCGGAGACUUCCACGAAUGCCAUCUACACCAUGGUGUUUACAGGCCUGCCACUCGUCGUCACCCUGCCAUUCAUGUGGUACCUCUCGAGGUCGACGUCGAGAGCCAUGGCGUUUCUGUGCCUGUUGAGCAUCACCUCACUCGCCUCCAGUGCCUAUAUCAUGUACAUGAUCCCGACAUCGACCCCGAUUGGAUCUCUCUCCUCCGGCCCUACACGCACCACCUCCUCCACCACACGACAGCGACAGGCGCACGGCACGGGAGUCUCUCAAGGGGCCUUCCUCUUAACGUCCAGCGAGAGUCCCAUCAAUCAAUACCUGCCUUACCUCAACGCAUUCAUUGACGCGCUGCUGUUCAUUGCGUCAAUGGGUUAUCGCUCGCGACAUGACGUCCCGGAGGGUCUGUGGCUGUUUUUACUGCUUCCGGGCCUCAUUUUUGCAAUGGUCUUCAUAACGAGGAGAAGUAUGUCCGAGGUUCAUGCGGGAUUGGCUGAAUUGGAAGGCCUGAGGUACGAGUAUAGGGGAGCUUGA